AUGGGCAGUGGAAACUCUAAGUUUAAUCCAGCAACGGAUCUCCUUGACCUCCAAGGUAAAGUUGUGCUUGUCACGGGCGGGAAUCGUGGAAUAGGUCUAGAGACAGUCAGACACCUCGCCAGGAGAGGCGCGAAAGUAUAUCUAGGCGCGCGAAGCGAGUCGUCUGCCAAUGAGGCGAUUAAGCGGCUGCAGUCCGAAGGUCUUGAACCGGGAAAUGGGGAGAUUAUUUGGUUCAAGGUAGACUUGAGCCACCCAAAGCUGGCGAAGGAAGCGGCAGAGGAGUUCUUAACGAAAGAGAAGAGACUGGAUGUGCUGAUUAACAAUGCCGGAGGGAUGCCCGGAGAUGAUAGGACAGAUGGCAUGCAUAUCAUCACCAUUGUCAAUUACCUCAGCCCUUUCAUUUUCACUCAAACAUUGACACCCCUUCUCAACGAGACCGCCAGUCUCCCGGACUCUGACGUCCGUAUAAUAAAUGUCGCCUCUGAAGCUCACAAGAUGACGCCGUCGCCAUCUACUAUUCGAUUUCAUGCUAAAGAAGAUUUGAGUCCCGAUUAUACCCGUCGUUUCCUUUCCAACUUCCUUGUUUACUGCUACACCAAAUUCUGCUUUAUCUCCUGGACGAAGGCUCUCCAACGGCGUUUCAAUGCCUCUGAUGUAUCCAUCACUUGCAUCAAUGUGCACCCCGGCGCCGUCGACACAUUCUCCCACAAAUUCCCCCUCGCAGCCAUCACUGGUCUCCCAACGCGCUUGCUGAUGCUGACACCAGUUCAAGGAGCUUAUACAUCCUUGUUCGCGGCGGCUUCGCCGGUCGUUGCCAAAGAAAAGGAUAAGUAUAAAGGUGCCUACUUGAAACCGUUCGGGGUCUUCGUAAAGCCGCUGAAAGAAACGGAAGACGAGGAUCGGCAGGAAGAGCUAUGGAAGUUGACGGAGGAUGCACUGACUGAGAUGGGAGUUUCUUCGGGUUGA